AUGUUACCCUUGGAGGGUCGCAGCAAGACGAUCUUCAUCGUUACUACUAUCUUCCUUGGGAUUUCAUUUAUUGCAGUCUGCCUGCGAUGCUUUGUCCGCAUCAAGCUUGUGAAGGCCUUUGGCUGGGAUGACGCGUUGAUGGUAUUUGCAAUGUUAUUGAACGUCCUUUUUGCACUGUGUGGGAUCACGGGCGCAUUGUAUGGAAUUGGCCAGAAAUCUGCUGCACUCGUUGCGCGUGGCUCUAUGGAGACCGCUAUGUUUUGGUGGUGGCUUGGGCAAACCAGCUAUGUCUGGGUAGUGACCAUCGCAAAGAUAUCUAUUGCUGUCGCUCUCCUCCGCCUCACUGUCUCCAAGGUUCAUGCGACUGUCCUGUGGAUAGUAAUCGGUGUGACUUCAAUCAUUGGCCUGAUCUUCUGGUUCAUGUUGACCCUGCAGUGUCAACCAGUCUCUUAUUUCUGGCAACGCGUGCGCUCUGAACUAGAUCCAACUGUCAUGGUCCAUGGUCAUUGUAUGAAUCUUGACAGCGUCAUUGACAUCGCAUAUGUCUACAGUGUCACUGCCACGUGCUGUGACUUGACAUUGGGACUUCUGCCUAUUUUCCUUGUGUGGAACCUGCAGAUGAGUACACAGACCAAGGCUGCACUUGCGGGUAUCCUGGGCAUGGGAUGUGUUGCGAGUGCAGCCGUCAUUGUUCGAAUUCCUUAUUUGCACGAUUACAAGGACGAGGAUUUCUUAUAUGCAACCACCAAUAUCUCCAUCUGGUCCAAUGUCGAGGCCGGUUUGGGUAUCGCUGCCGGUAGUCUUGUUACUCUGCGACCCCUGUUCCGUUGGUUUCGUGAUCCCAGCUAUGGGGGCACUCGAAGCAAGCGAACUGGUGGUAGUGUACCACUCUCGAGCGUAAAUGCCGUUCGGUCAGACCCCUCCGGACCCCAGUACUGGCGUCCUGAUCUGGAUCCGGAAGACUCACACGCCGUCAUCACCACCAUCCACACUUCUAAUCAGGGUAGUCGCACGAGCAGUCAAGAGGAUCUCAAUCCAAAACAGGGGCAAGGGUUAGGGACUUUUUUUCGUGGAGUGAAUGUGCAAAAGACUUUCUUCGUUUCGGAGAACGAAGAAUAG